AUGUCAACAAAACGGGUGCAUCAGUGUACGAUAUGUUUCAUAAGCGUCGAUGGAAGCAGUGGAUAUUUACGUCAUAUUCGACAAGUACAUGGCAAUGAUCAUCGAUUCUCUACUUCUUGUCCGUUAUGUGAUUCAAGUUUUAUCUUUACCUAUUCAAAAUCUUUUAUUUAUCAUUUUCGGAAACAUUUGUCACAUCGGUUAGCCGAUCAAGAAAAGUUACCAUUAUUGUUAUUUAAUCAAGAUCAGACGGAUGUCGACAAUGACAAUGAAUUUGAACAACAACUGCCAUCGUUCGAAAUUGAAAAACGCGAUCCCUUGGUAGAGUUGAAAAAAUAUUAUAUUAAAAUGCUAUUAAGACUUCGUGAAGGCCAUGUCCUUCCCGGUAAUGUAAUGAAGACAGUAGCAUCGUCCGUUUCUUGUUUAUUACAAACAUUCUGCGAUGGUUUAUUAUCUAAACUUAAUUUAGAUAUUAAUAAUAUUAUUUCACGCGAUCAUUAUCAAUGGAUUGAAAAAAUUCUUUUCGAAAUAUCGAGAAACGAACAAUCAUUCAUUGCUUCUUGUCAAGAGUAUUUUACAUUUGUUAAGCCAAUUGAAAUACAUUUGCCAACGGGAAGUAAAGCAUAUUACAUUCCGAUACGUGAUGUUCUAUUGAAUUUAUUUGAAAAAUGUGAUUUUUAUGAAUGUAUUAAACAAGAAAAAAAGUAUAUUUCUCAUUUUGAGGGACAAGAUAUUCUAUAUCAUUAUCGAAAUGCUGAAAUAGGGCGGCAACAGCUGAUAUUACAAAAAAAAGACAACUGUUUAUUGUUGCAGCUGUAUUCGGACGAUCUAGGCAUUGUCAAUCCGCUGAUGGGAAGAAGUUCAACACACAAACUGACAACGUUCUAUUUCUCAAUUGAUGAUUUACCAGCACGGCAUAAUUCUUCGUUAAAUGCCGUUCAUUUACUAUUAUUAUAUUCAAGAAAAGAUUUUGACGACGAACGAAAUCGUCGAAUAGUAUUCGCACAACUAUGUCAAGAUUUGACAAGUUUAGAAAAUGAUGGUAUCGUAUUAUCGGGUGAUGCGCAUCCUACUUAUUUUACAAUCAGUACACUAUGCGCAGACAACUUAGCAGCUCACGAACUCGGCGGUUUCACAUGUGCAUUCAAUUCGGGUUAUUGUUGUCGUUAUUGUCUGACUCAUCAUCAAGAUAUGAAAACUGUUUACAAUGAGUCACAAGUAUUGAUUCUUACAACGACAUCACACGAUUUACAGGUGAAGCAAGUUCAGAACGUGCCUCGUGAUAAAUCAAUAUAUGGUAUCAACGAAGAAUCAAUUCUUUCAGCUUUGCCGUCGUUUCAUCCAGUUAUUUCUCUACCUCCAGAUAUCAUGCAUGACAUUUUGGAGGGUGUUAUGCCAAAGUUAACCGGUUGUUUGUUACAUACAAUUGUGUCUAGUCGUUUAUGUUCAGCUGCACAAAUAUGUCAACGAAUAAAGAAGUUUGCGUAUGGUGUCAAUGACAAACGAAAUCGACCACCGUCAUUCAAAGAAAAAGAUAUAUUGGAUAAAAGAAUACCAGGUAAAGCGAUGGAAAAAUAUUGCUUAUUUUUGAAUUUACCAUUCAUUUUAUUCGAUAUUAUUGAAAGAAUUCCAUAUUGGUUUUUAUAUGAACUAUUCAGACAAAUAUGGGACAUUUUAUAUUCUGAUUAUCCAAGAAGAUCCUGGCUGUCAACAUUAGAAGAAUCAAUUUGCGAAUUCGUACAAUUGUUCCAAACAAUCUUGCCGGGUUAG